UGUGACGUUGACGAUGAUGUUAAUGGAGGUCCCGAAUCCGGUUUGGGAGGGGUCUUUGUAGAGCGCCCCCUCAGUGGCGACGUCGUUUUUGAAGUGGGAGGAGCCGGCGAGCAGGCUGGGAGGCUCCGCUCGGCUCCCAUGGUGAUGGUGCUUGAGAGGGUGGCAGUUCAGCCCGCGUACCGGAACACAAUGUAAACCGAACGGCUGCUCGACUGGAUCGCCCGCACGCUUCUUGGGGGGAAGCUACAACUUGCCACGGAAUGGUUAAGAUUCGCGGUGUUUGACCGACUGUUGUUUUGAUGAAAGGCUGGGGCUUUGUGGUCCGGUGGCGGCGACGAGUCGGGAUGCUGGAGCAAGCCUGAGAGCAACCCCACUGCGUUUGUUGUCUUUCUCUUUGGAUUUUCCUUCGAAGUUUAUCGACAAGCUGCACGUUUAAGGCAUAUGGAGCCUUUAAACUUAUAAAAUGGUUUGUGUCGUUUUGUUCUACGCUCGUUACAAACCUGGAUAAGAAGCAGUGGAGCAGCGACGAAGCGACAACACCCCGACACGACAACCAGUGUUACUUGCCCUCGCCUGGAAUCCUUUCAAGUGAGUGGAUUUGAAAGAGCAAUUGAUGCAUCUCGGAGUGUCUGAGUCUAUGAGAGAGUGCGAGUAUAGCCAAAUAAGCACUCGCAGCUCCACUCCAAUGGAGACUCCUUUCAAGAAGAAGACUCCUAAAAAGAGGAAAUGGGAGUCAUUCCCAGGUCGGAAUAAAUUCUACUGCGAUGGGAGGAUAAUGAUGGCCAAGCAGACCGGGGUUUUCUACCUCACCCUUGUCCUCAUCCUUGUGACUUGUGGACUUUUCUUCACAUUUGAUUGUCAUUUCUUGGCCCUGCAGUUGACCCCAGUCAUACCGGUUAUAGGGGGAGUGCUCUUUCUUUUUGUGCUGGGAACGCUGCUGAGAACCAGCUUCAGUGAUCCAGGGGUUCUGCCCAGGGCCACAGCGGACGAAGCAGCCGAUCUAGAAAGGCAAAUAGAUGUGGCCAACGGGAGUACAGGCUACCGGCCACCACCGAGGACCAAGGAGGUGGUGAUCAAUGGCCAAACAGUUAAGCUGAAGUACUGCUUCACUUGCAAAAUUUUUAGACCACCACGUGCCUCCCACUGCAGCCUCUGUGACAAUUGUGUGGAACGUUUUGACCACCACUGUCCCUGGGUGGGGAACUGUGUGGGAAGGAGGAAUUACCGCUUCUUCUACAUGUUUAUCCUUUCGCUGUCCUUUCUCACCAUCUUCAUCUUUGCCUUUGUCAUCACACACAUAAUUUUACGCUCCCAUGAAAGUGGGUUCCUCACUGCUCUUAAAAAUAGUCCAGCCAGUGUGUUGGAGGUGGUGGUGUGUUUCUUCUCUGUGUGGUCCAUUGUGGGCCUUUCAGGCUUCCAUACCUACUUGAUCAGCUCCAACCAGACCACCAAUGAAGAUAUAAAGGGCUCUUGGUCUUCAAAAAGAGGGAAGGACAACUAUAAUCCUUACAGCCAUGGCAAUAUAGUCACCAAUUGCUGUGCAGCACUGUGUGGACCUUUGCCGCCAAGUCUCAUUGAUAGACGGGGCUACAUCCAGCCAGACACACCGCAGCUGGCCCAGCCAACCAACGGCAUCACUGUGUAUGGUGCUACUCAGUCUCAGCAGAGCCACAUGUGUGACCAAGACCAGUGCAUUCAGAGCACUAAAUUCGUUUUGCAGGCCGCUGCCACCCCCCUCCUCCAGCAGCAGACAAACGAACCGGUUAUCCUGACGGCCUCCCCAGAAAACGGAGGCUCCCUCCCAAGCCGAACCUCACUAGGACUGGGGGGUCCCUGCACUUCACUCCCCCUUGGGCAGCCCACCCCUCCUAGCUCCACGCCUAGCCUCAGCUGCCAGGAGGCCGGCGACAUGCUGCCGAUUCACACACACGGCCACAAACACAACCACAGUCGGCCCCUCCAGGACCACCACUUUCUUACCCCAGAGGACCUGCCCUCCCCCCCGGGUAUGCUUCCUUGCAGCAGCCCCCUGGGCCAUAGCCACACUGUGCAGGCCGGCUUCUACAAUCCAGCAAGCCAGGACUCACUGCACGAGGAUUCUGUCAGAGGACUGGUUAAGCUCAGCUCUGUCUAACAGUCGGGGAGACAACCUGAAGUCAUGCACACGGUCCCGAAAAAUGUGCCACAAGCGCUCGCAUAGAGUUUCAGGUUUCCACCAAUGUGGUGGCAUGAAUAGAGCUGCUGAUAACAGAACGGACCUGAAACACAACUGAAGUGAACGCAGGUGUCCGCAGCCAAUGUCUUGCCAAACGUCUCUGCUGUGCUGAUACUCUUCUCAUGUUCCUUUUGGACUUGAAGGGAAACAUCUCAAAUCUGCACAGGUUGUUUGUUCUUCAAAGCAGACAUUUCAAGCAAAAAAUAUAUUUGACACAUUUUUGGUCAGAAAAACAAAAGGCUGAAUUUCUGUCAUUUUUUCCCCCCCACCAGACAGACUUGAGCCUAUUUGCCUGUUGCUGAUUGGACAGUGUUUUUUCUGCCUUUUUUCCAUGUACACUCAGCAGUGCAAUGGUUGACGUCAUCAUAUUGCAUAUCAUCCUGCUUUAUGUUGGAGAAAAUGACAGUUGUAUUGUACCAAGGUUAUUACAAAUUAUAUUUCCUGUGGAUAUAAAUAAAUCAGCUACUUUUUA